AUGCAUUUCGUAAGGUCCUCCGUCUACCAGGCGGAGAUCACAGAGGGCGGAGUUCGUGAGAGGGAGGUCGACACCCGUUCCCGAGAAGAAGUCGAGCUCCAAGAACGACUCAGAAGGCUGCCUGAAUUCAGCAGAAACCCAAACUUCAAGAGGUGUGUUUUUGUCGCCUGUCUCACUGGUUUGUUAGACAGGAAGGUUUUGCUUGUAAUUAUCUACCCGCUAGGCAGCCCAUUGAAUUCCGCUCAGCGUGCUUGUGUAUGGGUGCCUUUUUCGUGGGCAAUGCUUGGACAGCAGCCUUUAUGCUCUGCCGUCUUACGAAAAGCUGCCAUUUAG